AUGUCGUAUCUCUAUCUUUUCCUGUUCUUGUGUGUGUCCUUGGCAAGUGCUGGAGAAUAUGUUCGUGUAUGUUACUACACAAACUGGUCUCAAUACAGACCUGGACUGAUGAAGUAUUUCCCAGAGAAUAUGGAUCCCUCUCUGUGCACUCACGUUAUUUAUGCGUUCGCAGAGAUUCGCAAAGGUCACACCUUGAAACUGCGCGAAUGGAAUGAUAAUAAGAUGAUUGCAAAAUUUAACAAUAUCAAAACGGUUUGUAUGAAUUAAGUAGUAUAUUUGUGAUGAUGCCGCUCUCUAAGAGUUUUACUUCUCCCGAAUUUUGCUUCCGAUGGGACUUUGGUUUACUAGUCCAAUGCUCUGCCAACUGAACUGUUUGCAACAAUCUUGUAACAAGCGUGUCAACAAGUUGUAACAAUGCCAUCAUUUUAUCAAGCUGCUUUAAGGUUGUCACUCACAACUUGUUGACAAAUUGUUGAAUUUCAGGGGCCGGUUGUAUAAAAAAGUGAUUAAAGUUAAUUAAAAAACUCAUUAAUAAUUCAUGAAGAAAACACAAAGAAAAAUCAUAAGCGUGUCGUAUCUGUAUAUGUGAUACAGAUUCAUGUUGAUUUACGUACUAUUUAAAACACGAGUAGGAGACGUGUUUUAUCAGCUUAAAAUACGACUACAAAAGAAUACUAAUUAGGAUGAACCAUUAUAUAAUCAUGCUAAUUAGGAUGAACAAUUAUAUAAUGCCACAUGUGUUUUAUGAGAUAUAAAGUCACUUCACGUGACAUAUUAUGGCUGACAUGAUUUAUGAGUAUUUUAAAUAAACUUUAACUUUGAUUUUCUCGGCUUAGACAACGUUUAUUUUUAAAAUAUAUAUACAAUAUAAAAUAUAUAUAUAUAAAAUAUAUAUACAAACUCUCGCCUUCGGCUUGAGUUUGUAUAUCCGAUACAACACGGCCGCUCAUGUUGUAAAUAGUACUUAUAGUUAGUGGAAACGUCAUACAAAUGUUGAAUUGCAGUGGCCGGUUGUAUAAAAGAGUGAUUAAAGUUAAUUAUAGUUAUAGUGGAAACGUCAUCCAUCCCAGGACGAUACCAAUUAAGUUGUCGGAACAACUUGCAUUGUAACAAGUCUGUUGAACUCAACAACUUUGUAGCAAGUUGCCAACAAGCCGUUGACAGCUUGUCAACAAGCAGUGCGAAUACUCCUGCUGACAAGUUGUUGGAACAGCAUUGUUACAAGUCUACUGUAGGUUUGUUACAACUUGUGCGUUUUUACGUGUGUACGAGGUCAAAGUCGAUCCGAGUGUGUGAUAUUUCGGAUAUCAGUAUGAUUUUUUUAAAUAAUUUAAAAAGCAUACUGAUCAUGCAUUCGAAUUAACCAUUCAUUCUAACCAACAAUCAAUAUUCCAAUCAAUAUGUUUAUUACGAUCAACCAUUCCGAUCACCCAUUUCAAUUCUAAAACUGCCUGCAUUAUUUCCCAUUCAGGCCUAUCCACAUCUCAAAACCUUGCUCGCAGUCGGUGGAUGGAAUCAUGAAAGCGUUCCCGUGAGUAAAUUCUCCCAAAUGGUGAAGACACCCCAGAGCCGAGAGUUCUUCAUUAAUUCAGCGAUUGCACUCCUUCGUAAAAACGGCUUCGACGGUUUUGAUUUGGACUGGGAGUACCCAGGCAACCGGGGAAAUUCUCCCCCAGAAGAUAAGCAACUGUUUAGCGUCCUGUGCGAAGAGCUCUUGAAAGCGUUCGAGUCCGAAGCGGCGGCAAGUGGUAGCAAACGAUUAUUGUUGACAGCCGCAGUUGCUGCCGGUGUCGAAACCGUUAAAAAAGCGUACGAAAUUUCAAGGAUUGCAAAGAGUCUGGACUGGGUCAACUUGAUGGCGUAUGAUCUCCAUGGCAAAUGGGAGACGAAGACUGGACACAACGCGGCCAUGCAAGGUAUUUGCAUACUGAUCGAAAUAGUAGACUAGAUAGCGUUCACUGGUGGGGAAAAUCACUAGAAAUACAAAUACGCCCAAGGGAAAACCGACUAAACGUCUCUUUCGUUUCAAUACAAAUUUUCAAAAUGCCAGGUAAGCGCAGAAACAGGCGUACCUUAGUACUACAAACCGUGGCUAUAAGGUAUGCCGAAAACGGGUUUUAAUGUGUAUAUAUACUCACUUUGAUUACAAACCCUUAAAAACAGCAUUCUAAUACGAAACCAGGCAUACCUUAAUUGUAGCCACAAACCGUGAUUAUAAGGUAUGCUGAAUACAGGUAUACUUUUUAGCCACAAACCGUGGCUAUGGGGUAUGCCGAAAGGAGGCAUACCUUAUAACCACAAACCGUGCUACCAAAUAACAACAAAAUUGAAAGUUAAUGAGAGUCGGCGGUCAAACUCGAGCGAGAGAUAUGUUUCAUCAACUCUCAUCCUUGGAUUUAUUCCAUUCAACUUUAAAUUAAAUAUGCUCUUACUCAGUGCAGGGAAUGACAAACUCUCUGUGACCGAUGCCGUGGAACUCUGGACAACGGAAGGAAUGCCAGCGAAAAAAAUAGCUCUUGGUAUGGGACUGUACGGUCGUGCGUUCAAACUUCAGUCUCCUGCGAACCACGACCUGGGCGCCCCAGCUCGUGGGGACCCUAACGAAGGGACAUAUACAAUGGAGUCUGGCUUCCUGUCAUUCUACGAAAUUUGUUCCCAAAAAGAAUUGACUGUUAUCGACCAAAAUCCGGCAGGAGCACCGUACGGGUAUUCUGGUGAUCUGUGGGUUGGUUUUGAUACACCCGAGAGUUUGGUAAAGAAAGUUGGAUUUUUAAAGAAAAAAGGUAAGUUUGUUACUUUAACAUGGAACUCCAUGGAUCAUUAACAAGGGUAGACAAAAUAUUGGACUAUGGGGCCAAAUGGUCCAAGAAAAGUGAUCAGAAUGUUUUUGGUCGUAGCGAGAAUGUAAGAUAGUAGAUGGAAUGAAUGAUAUAAAUAUAAAGAAGAAAAGAAACAAACAAAUAGGUGAACUGAUGGGAGACGUUGUUGUAGAUGCGACGUCAACAAUUGACUUGGAGGGCAAGGCCCAAGGGUGGUCAGGUUUAACAACUUAAUGCAUACUAAAUAAAUUAGGCCUUUUAAACUGACUGUACUCGAUAACCUAUGGCAUUCAAUUCAAAUACCAAAACCAAAAUAAUGGCAGAAUGUUUUUGUUGUUACGACGAAACGACGAUUUGGAACGGGCGACAUCUCACAAAAUAUCUUAUAAGCUCCUCCAUUAAAAUCCUCCAUUAACAACCAACAUUUACCGCUUGACGAAUCUGGAAAAUCGUCGACCCUGUCUGUAUACACCAUCUUUACAUCCCUAUUUUGCUAUAUAUAGGUCUGCGUGGUGCCAUGUUCUGGGCUGUAGACUUGGAUGACUUUACAGGUGUGUGUAACGUGAAAAAUCCACUGCUCACUGCCGUCACCAAGGCUUUGGAAGGUACCAUGACUGGGACUGAAGAUACGGACAUGACUGGGACUGAAGAUACAGAGGGUGGGACUGGCGAUAAUGGAGGUGGGACUGGAGGUAAUGGAGAUGGGACUGGAGGUAGGACUGGAGGUGAGACUGGAGGUGGGACUGGAGGUGGGACUGGAGGUGGGAUUGGAGGUGGGACUGGAGGUGGGGUUGGAGGUGGGAUUGGAGGUGAGACUGGAGGUGCGAUUGGAGGUGGGACUGGAGGUGGGAUUGGAGGUAAUGGACGCGAGACUGGUGGUGAGACUGGGGAUGGGACUAGAGUUAAUGGAGGUGGGGCUGCGGGUGAGAUUGAAAGUAAUGGAGGCGGGAUUGGAGGUAAUGGAGGUGAGACUGGAGGCGAGACUGGAGGCGGGACUGGAGGUGGGACUGCAAGUGAAACUGAAAGUAAUGGAGGCGGGACUGCUGGAGGUAAUGGAGAUGGGAUUGGAGGUGAUACUGGAGGUAAUGGAGGUGGGACUGGAGGUAAUGGAGAUGGGACUGCAGGUGAGACUGAAGGUAAUGGAGGCGGAACUGCUGGAGGAAAUGGAGGUGGGACCGCAGGUGAGACUGACGGUAAUGGAGAUGGGAUUGCAGGUGAGAGUGGAGGUAAUGGAGGCGGAACUGGAGGUAAUGAUGGUGGAACUGGAGGUAAUGAGGGUGGGACUGGAGGCGAUGGAGGUGGGACUGGAGGUAGUGGUGGCGGAGCUGGAAUUGGAGGUGAGACUGGAGGUACGGGAGGUGGAACUGGGGACGGGACUGGAGGUGGUGAUGGAGGUACUGGGGGUAAGACUGGAGGUACUGGCGAUGGCACUGGAGGUAAUGGAGGUCAGACUAGAAAAGUAAAGCCCGGAUCAUGUCGAGGUGUGCCACCUUGGGCCACUCCAGCAAUGGACAAAUGGUGCAAUGACAACUGCCCACGUGGGUUUUGUCCAGCGUCACGCUGCAAGUGUGAAUACAUCAUCAAAAGCGGUUCAUUGAAAUUUAAUAUAACAUACGACUCUUGAGAAAUGUAAUAUUAUAUUGUAACCUUAAGAAAGUUUAAUGCAUGUAUCUCAGUUAAAUUUGUAAAAUGACAUUUCAGAAAAUGGUUUUGAGUAUGUUCAAUCAUGUCAGUUGAAUGUGAUCAAAUAAAGAUUUAUUAAUUAAACUUGGUAUUCUCUUUUUUUAUACAAGAGACACGUAUAGUCGAACCUCUCUAAUUAUACAAAACAAUGAAGAGAGACAGCAAGGUGGUGCUAGAAAAUGUUGCUUUUGAAUGGUCCCAUGUUACCUCUGGGGUACCUCAAGGGAGCAUUUUAGGGCCAUUGUUAUUUACAAUUGUUAUCAAUACUCUGCCUGAUUCCCUAUCACCUGCAUCGAAAACUGGUCUUUACGCGGACGAUUCAAAAGUAUAUCGACCUAUUACAUCUCCGGUUGACUCCAUGGCCCUACAACAAGACCUGAAUAACCUUGAUGUUUGGAGCGUCAAAAACAGUCUACAGUUUAAUUCAUCUAAAUGUGAAAUCCUCACAGUUACAAGAAAGAAACAUACCAGUACAUUUCCCGAUACAACCUGGCUGGUAAUGAUCUUGUUCGUUGUGAUGAAGUAAGAGAUUUGGGGAUAACAAUAACUUAUAAUCUUAAGUGGGAUUCUCAUGUCACACGAAUUCGAUCUACUGCAAAUAAAUGUCUGGGUCUCCUGAAACGGACUUGUUAUUAUUUACCUGAUACGCGAGCUAGGAGAGCUUUGUAUCUAUCCCUAGUUAAAUCGCAACUAAGUUACGGUUCUCAAGUAUGGUCCCCUGAAUCUGCUACCUUGAAGAAAAGAAUUGAAGGCGUGCAACGACGUACUUCGUUGUGGAUUUUAAGACUUAAACGAGGGGACUGGGGACUUAGCUUACGUGGAUCGCUUAAAGAAACUAGAUCUCCUGCCACUUUCUUAUGAUAGAGAGAUCAAAGAUUUGACUUUUUAUUAUAAAUGUAGAUAUGGUCUAAUUGACCUCGAUACAAAUAUCUUUACACCUUUUGUCAGUAGUAGAACUAGACGGGGUCGUCAAUGUAUUUACAGACCCCUUUUUGCAAAACUAGUACUUUUAAAACAUCGUACUUCAAUAGAAUUGUCCAUCUAUGAAACUUAAUCCUCAAGUUAGCUCCAUCUUGUAUAUUUGCAACUCUCAGUAGUUUCAAAACAUUCUUGUACAAGACUUACAAGGAACUUUUGACAACAACAUUUGAUCCAGAUUUACCCUGCACCUAUUCAUUGUGUAGGACGUGUCCUUGUCAUUCCUAAUUUUAUCUAUUUUAAUUUUUAAAUGCUUGUAUAUAAUGGUUAUUAUAAUUACGCUAGUAGUUUGUAAAUUUUAGUCACACUGACACCUUGCAUGGGACCUCGUCCCGUUCGUGUCAAGCCUUAUUUAGUAUGUGUGGUACUGAAUUAAAGUUGUUACACUAUUAGAGGGUGUACGUUUUUCAAAAGCCAUUUUAAAAGAGAAUAUUUUGAGGAGAGUUUCAACUGUACCUGUUACAUACAUUUGGGAGUCCUGGGGAAUGUAAGUAUGCGAAUAGCAAAUUCUCGUGUACCUACGUGGUACUCGGCUAAAAACAAAGAAGCACCAGACCGUAAUUUUGGUGUACCUCUGGUACGUUGGUACGCGAAUUAUCGCACCCAUUUAUUCUUUCAGCCGCUUUAUUUUCCCAUCACAGACGCUCACUUAAAAUAAUUUUGAAAGCCCUGUUAAUGUUAACCUAAGUCUGAGAAGGCGGCCAAGGCUUUUUCAAAUUAUUGGGGAGAAACCCCUUUGUGUUUGCAGCAGCUGGGUUUUUUUACAAUCCCAUUUUGCUUAUAUCCAAAACUUGCUAUUCUUUUAUCAGAAAAGAAAAAUCAUAAUACUAGAUUACAUUGGUAUAUCGAAGGAACUAGACUCAGUUCUGAAAUAUCACAUACUGGCGAACCAUAUAGAUAUCUUAUAUACACUAAAUAGUGCCGGCAUCUAAUUAUUCUGCAAUUCAAAAAUUGAAGCCGUGAUUGCAGACACAGGAUAUUCCCAUGAAAUGAGAAGAUUCGUAUGUUUUCUAUUUCUUAAACAGGGAACUUAAACAUUAAGUUAAACCUAUUCCAAGACCAAAUCAUUUUUAAACUAUUCAAAUGAUGAAAGUUAUUGUUGUUUUUUAAGCGUUUAUUAACGAGUGGGAACUACCAACAUGGCUGUCAUCUAUUCACAUGAGGGUAACCGCUGGAAUAAUUAUUCUUGGCUUCAAUUUUACUAAAAGAGAUGCGCUAUCUAGUGUAUACAUAAGAUAUCUAUGACUCGAACCGACCUGACCGCGUAGCUCUGCAGUUGGCAGAGCAUUGGGCUAGUAUUCCAGAGGUCGUAGGUUCGAUUCCCACCGUGGCCAGGUAUAUUUUUCAAGCUUGCCUGGUGUGGAUCUGAGUACACAACACCAACACAGAAAAGAAAAAUCAGUCAAAUUUACCAUAUAGUUGCUAAAUAGAUUGAAUACUUGGCUAUAUAAGUUAUAAAUAUAUUGUUAAAUUAACUGAAAGAUUUCAGUAUUCUUAGUUUAUAAAAAUCACAUAUGUAUGGAAUAUUAUUGGGGAGGGGGGCUAAAGCCCCCUAACCCCCCCCCCUGCUCCGCGGUCCUUAUUAUUAUUAAUUGUAGUCAUUUCGAACCUGUAACUAUAUCGGCCCUGUUGCGACGGAACUGCGUGGUGUCAUGAGGUCAUUAACAUUUUUGUUAUGUUUAUAUGCAGUAUUGAUAUUCAGUUACACUAAAAAAGGCUGCCUGGCCCUUGCAAUCAUGAAGUGUAUACUAUUGGCUGAAAAUUUAAAGCCAGAACUUCUUAUCAAAGCAGACGACUUGAGCAGAGGCUCUGCGAAGCAUUUUUUCGAAGUGGAUGCCAAAGAAUUCGAAGGGAGGGAAGCCAGAUCGAGGGAAACACAACGACGUUUAUAUGGAGGGCAAGCUACAGACGAAAAGCUUGUUGUUCGUGAAAACGUAGGCGAUAGAACAGUGACUAUAGGUUCUGAGGACUAUAUAUACACGAAUAAUGCGGACUGUGGUUUGUUCAAUUCGGUAAUAACAGCGUAUAACAAACAUUGGAAACUCAGAACAUCGCCAGAAGAUUGGUGGUUUGUUGUAACGAGACGUGUCGCUAUUGCAAUCGAUAAGAACUCGAAGAAAGAAGCAGUUCGCAAGAUGUUUGUCGAACAUGAAGGUAUUGAGUGCCGAUGCUAUUCUCAGGGGUAUAAUCUUGAACUGUCUUAGCCAGUGUAGGCAGUACCAAUAAAAUGAACAAGCGUUCGUUGGUAGGGAUACAACUGCCUGAAAAUAUACAAGGUCGAUUUCGAUGUUUCGAGCGAAGGCUCUGUGCUUCGGGUUUGUUGUGCUGCCGUCGCGCGACACGCACGCGGGACGACACGAGUGUGUACGCCGUCGCGCGACACGCACGCGGGAAUAUCCACGCGGCCGAUACGAGGCUGUAAAAGCGAUGUUAGCGAUUAGCCUCCUCCGCAGGCAACUCUUGAAACACAUGAGGGAUAGUCAGGGAUAGUUGAUUUGAUAGUUACAGUAAGGGAUAGUUAAGAGUUGCCUGCGGAGGAGGCUAGUUAGCGAUCAUAUGACAAAAAUAAACUGAACUAAAUCCAUCGGAUUGGUUUAUUUUUUUGUCACGUGAUCGCUUUUAUAUUCUCGAUAUAAAAGCAGUGAUGUAAUUUUCCCGAUCCCCGCUAGUAACUCCAGACGAAGGGCCUUCGCUCGAAAUUCUCCUUAUAUAUAUUCUCAGGGGCGCUGCCAAGGGGUUGAGGGGCGAUGAUAAGUGAAGGACAACGGGAGCCCUAGGAAACCCUCAUCAACUUUCAGUAUAAGUUUGUUCCGUUUUCAUUAUAAGAUAAGAAAACACUGCAAGUAGAUGUGCCUGUGGACAACAUCUACGAUGUCGACUAUACUUGGUUUUUUGAUGAAAUGUCCAAGGAAAUAUCAAAGAAUGUCAAAGUCCCCAGCUUCGUUGAUGUCAUUUCGGCUGAUUUUUCGUCGACAACCCCAGUACAGAGGAUUGUGUCGCAAAUCACUUUGAUGUCGUCCUUGCAGGAAUUCUUUGAAUAUAAGUAAGUAUAAAGGGGUGGGUGUAGAUUUGUUAAAGACUAGUUGGAUAACUAUAUAUGGAGAAACAACUUUUAUUGACCCAACCUGAUGAUGACUCAAGAUCUGUUUGAGCAAGAGAACGAAUGACGACGACGUACUUGACAAGUUUUGCCCGUCAUACCGCUAAGUUUGCAUGGGGUCAGCUAGCGGCAGAUAUCCAACGAAGACGGGUUAUAGUUUCAUAUCUGGGUGAAUGCUGAGCCUAAUCCCUACCUUGACAAAGACAAAACAACGAGACUUUAAUCCUGUCCUAUUAGGAUUAUCCUGUCUUAUUAUGAAAUGCGCUUUAUAUCAAGUAUUAUACGCUUACCUAACUACAUACUUAGCCUAGCCUAGCUUAGCACGUCUAAAUUCAUCUUCAUACUUCGUUGCCUUGCCCAUACUCUGUGUUUACACAAGAAUUCGUCCGGACUGUAUAAGAGACCGUCAAGACUCUUCCAUUUAUUGUGUAGGAUGAUGUUACUGUGUGGAAUCCCGGGUGUUGAAAUGCUCGGCACUGAAGAAGACUGGCAGAAACUACUAUCAAAAUUGGAAGCUUUGAAAACCCUUCUUGAACCAAUCAAAAACAACCUCGGAUUGGGCAACAACUGGUGGUCAGUCAUCAAAGACGUCUUUGAAAAACUACUGGCCACUUACAGAGGUAAACCAGACUAUGAUUGGUGGUCCCGUAUUGUUACCUAUGAAGGUUUUGGAUCGGGUCCGAGUGGCUACACCGGCUGGAUUACAAAAUUCAUGGAGAUGUCGGACGAGCCGAAGGAACUGCAUGAAUUCACCAGCGGACUGGUUACGGUACCACUCACCAUCGCUAAUCCAUCUGGUCUCGAAGACACGGCAGCAUUGGUCGCUGGGUGUCUGGGUUUCACCAUACAUCAAGACGGUGAAGAUAAAGUACCAUCAGUUCAACCAUUUCAGGGUUGGUCUCUUCUGCUGCCUAAAAAUUCACCAUUCCGUGCUGAUAGGCAGUGA